UUUUAGAAAGAAGAACAAGAAAUGGGGAGAUCAAUGGAAUACCUGGCGAUGAAAACUGAUCAAGUUCCACGUCCUUCAUCGGCAGAAGAAUUGCUCAGUUCGGAUUUGCAGGAGCUGCGUAUUGCUGCUAAGAAACUUGCUAAUGAUGCUAUCAAGUUGGGAGGUGUUGGAUUUGGCACUGGCUUUAUCAAAUGGAUGGCUUCUUUUGCUGCUAUCUAUCUGUUGAUACUGGAUCGAACUAACUGGAAGACAAACAUGCUCACAUCCUUAUUAGUGCCUUACAUUUUCUUUAGUCUUCCACAUGGAAUUUUCGGUAUGCUAAGGGGAGAGGUUGGAAAAUGGAUCGCAUUUGUCGCAGUUGUAUUAAAACUCUUCUUCCCGCGCCAUUUCCCGGAUUGGCUGGAGAUGCCUGGAUCGUUGAUUCUUCUAUUGACGGUAGCUCCUGGAUUUUUCGCAGUCACAUUGAGAGGGAAUUGGAUAGGAAUAAUGAUAUGCCUAGUCACUGGGUGCUACCUGCUUCAAGAACACAUUAGGGCAACUGGUGGCUUCCGAAACUCCUUCACACAGAGUCAUGGUAUCUCCAACACGAUGGGUAUCAUUCUUUUAUUGGUUUAUCCUGUCUGGGCUCUUGUACUCCACUUCCUAUAAGUCUUUCUCUCUGUUGCCGUUUUCUAUUUGGGCUAGAUUUUCUAUGGGGGUCGUCGAUGAAAAACUUUUGAUCUUCAACCUAAUAAAGAUUUAGGAUUACUGCAUGGUUUCAUCUUUCACUCCAUCAAAUUAUGGAAGGUUGUGAGAUCUAACUUUCAUCAUAUAUACUGCCAUGCAAUCCUACUGUAUACUACCGAGCAGGGGUGAGAAUAUGAAAAGUA